AUGACACUUCGUACGCCAUUUAAGCAAGGUCUUAGAUGGAUGGUGGGAAAUGGGGAGAGUAUCUCAUUUUGGAAUGAUAAUUGGGUGUUUAAUUACCCUAUUAAAAAUAACUACUCACCUAUUAUUGGGUCAGAGGACUUGAUGAUAGGAUUUUUUGGGGUCUUACUGCAGAUGGAGAAUAUUCGGUUAAAUCAGGUGCUCGCUGCUUCAAGGAAUGGUCUCCCCACUAAAAAGAGGUUAGAAAUGAGUCAUAUUUUCCUUCCUUUAGAGUGUGUUUUUUGUAACUACCACUCUGAAGAUGACCAUCACUUAUUUCUUGACUGUCCUUUUAUGCAUGAUGUUUUAGAAAUAGUUAAUGUCAAUGGGGUUUUUUCUCCUCUUCCUAUUAAUAAUAGCGAACUUUCUUUUAUUGAGUACUUUGGCAAUCUUAAGUCUUCUUUGACUCUUAAGAACCUCAAUUUUUAUGCUAUUGUGUGGUGGUUCAUUUGGUAUGCUAGAAAUAGUAUCACUUUUCGUCAGGAAAGCUUUUCUCCAGCCAAACUAGGAUAUAUGAUUAAAGCUUAUAUGCAUAAUCUAGAUUGUUCAUAUUCAACUUUUUCCAAGUUGGGAUGUAGUCAACAAGUUGUUAAAGAAGCUAAAAAUCCUAGGCCUAAUAUUAGUUGGUCCCCCCCUCCUCUUGAUUUUGUUAAACUUAAUUUUGAUGGUUCCAAGUUGCAGAAUGGUAGCACAGCUUAUGGCUUUGUUAUUAGAGAUGCUGUGGGGAAUCUUUUGCUUAGUGGUGCAAAUGCCAUUGCUGAUAAUAAUUCCAUUUUAGUUGCUGAGGCUUGGGGUCUAAGAGAAGGUAUUAGGGGAGCUCUUUGUCUCGGGGCUAAUAAUAUUUCUAUUGAGGGUGAUAAUCUCUCGGUUAUUCAAGCUAUUAAAAGAGUCUGGAAAAUUCCCUGGUCAAUUAAUGCUCUUAUUAAUGAUGCAUCGGCUGAUUUGCUAAAAUUUGAUAAUUAUAAUAUUCAGCAUGUUUUUAGAGAAGCUAAUUCUGCUGCCGACUGGAUGGCACAUCAUGGCCAUUCCACUACGAAUCUUUGUUAUUGGUUUGAAUCUCCUGAUAUUGCUUUUUCCAAGAUCAUCCAUAAGGAUGCUUUAGGGUGGCCUGUAAAUUGGGUCCCUCCCUAG